AUGCCUAGGCGCACAAGCUCGAGGCUCCGGGGCGGGGCCGCGCCUGCUGCGAGUGCGGUGGCUGCUGGAGAAUCUGAUGGAGAGGGGUGCAGUGGUGGCGGCGGCGGCGGCAGCGUUGGCUUCCCGUUCCCGCCUUCGCCGGGAAAGCGCAAGGCGCGGAGCCCGGUCGAGGAGGACCACGGCCAACUGGCGGCGGGUCUUGCCAACCCGCACCCGCUCCGGUCCCCGUCGUUCAAGUCGCCCAAGAAGAGGGUGCAGGGAAUCGGCGACAGGUUCAGCGCCGCGCCCUUCGGCAAGGAGAACGACCUUCACCUGAGCAGUGGCAGCGGCAGCGGCUUCAGCCUUGGCCGUGGGAUGUUUUCGGCUCCGUUGUCCGCGGACGGCGGUGCAGCCGGUGCCUUCCGCCUCUCUGCCUUCAGCGCGUUUUCGCAACACGCGUCACCCAGGCUGAAGAACGAGCAGAGCAGGGGCGGGGGCGGCAGGAGGAGGGGCCGUGGGGAGGAAAUGGCGGCAGACCCCCUGCAGUCUACGGCAGCGGCGGAGGCGGUGGCUGACGCCCCCUCGACGCCCCGCGUGCCCGCCGCGGGCCCGGCGGGGAAGGACUCUUCCAUGCUGCCCUUUCUGCUAGCCCCGGCCAGCGUGACGAGCUCGCCGGACUUGCGCCGCAAGGCGUCCUCCCGCCGGGCACCGCGCUCCACCCGCAGCACCAACACCAACAGCACCAGCAGCAGCAGCGGCGGCGGCGGUAUUGGCAUGGGCAUCGGAAUCCGAAGGAGCCGGGAGGGUAGCAGCCCUUCCCCCCCGUUGAUCCCCCCGCUUCCUGGCGUACCCUCGGGGGCAGGAGCGGCGGCGGCGGCCGACGGUGCUGCCUCUCAGGCCGCUGCUGUUGGCUCGUCGUCGCCGCGCGACCCCUCCACGUCAACGCCGCGUAAGGGACGGUACUCCUUUCGGUCGGGCGCCGGCUGCGCCACUGGCGGUCGGCGGUCGGCGACGAUAGCUGCUGCUGCUGCUGCGGCGGCGACCUCGUCGUCGGCAGAGUCCAUGUCCGCGGCCAGCCCCACCGAGGUUAACUCCGGCGGUGGCGGCCCGGCGGGGUCGUACAGGCGUGCCGUCGGGGGCGGCCGGCUCGGGGCUAGCGGCGGCGGGGGGGGGGACACCAUGUCGGAUCACUCGCCCAGGCGAUCGCCGGUCCACUGCCUGACGGAAUCGCUGCAGAAGUGGGACCCCAGCAGCCGGUACGCAAGCCCGGCGGAUGACAACAACAACAACAACAUCGAGGAGAGGGGCGCCGACGCCGGCGACGAGGACGAGGGUUCGCGCGCUGCCGCCGGGGGCGCUGCCGCUGCCGCAGGGGGAGGGGGAGCAGCAACGGGGGUCGCGGGAGCGACGACGAAGGAGGUCGGGGCCAGCUGGAACGGCCAGGAGCUGCGCCGCACGCUGGAGAAGGAGCGCAUGGGGCGGGGGCGCCGGCGCCGGCACUCGAUCACCUCCGCCCAGGACGUUUACCCGCAGGUGAGGUUCGGGGACCACUCCCCCAUCUCGCCCGCGUCCAGCGCCGCGUCGAUAGCUCUCGAGGGCUUCGACGCAACCCCCCCCGCGAGCGCCGGCCGCCCGUGGCGAUCGUCUCCCAGGAGAGUGAAGGGCGGCGGCGGCGGCGCUGGCAGCGGAGGAGGUUCCGGUCGGCGAGCGAGCGACAGCGUCAGUAGCGGUAGGGGUAGCUGCAGGAGAGGUGACGGCGACGGCGCCGGCGCCGGCGACGAGGCGGUCGGGUCGGCGCACCACUUUGGGAUCGUGCGGAUGGAGGGGUCUUGGUCGGACGACGACACCGGCCCGUCGGGCACCGUGAUGAAGCUCGCCUUUUCCCCCAGCAAGAUUUCCGCCGACGCGCGGACGCCGACGGCGGGUGGGAAAGGGUUGACCUCGCCGCCGUUCUCGGUGGAGUCGCCCACCCCCCUCUCGAAGAGCGGAGACAGCAGCGCCUCGACGGAGGGCACCACGGGGGAGUCGCACCACCCGGCGUCACCGGAGCACCCCUCUCUGGGCUCCAUGCGCGACCUGAUGGACGAGGGCACGGACGACGAGGAGGAGGGCGGCGGCGGGGGGACUCGCGGCGGCGGUGGCGACGGCGACAGCCGCGCGGCGUUGGUGCGGCGCAGGCGUCGGCGGCCGCGGCCGGAGGUAGCGCUUCGAACGCUGGAGAUGCCGGACGCGAUGGACACGGAGGGCGACCCAACGGCGGCGGCGACGGCGGCGGCGGCGGCUGGUGCGGAAAGCAGCUCGGCUACCGCUGCCGCGGCCAGCAAAAGUACCCCGAAUCCUCUCGUGUCCCCCACCGCGUUCGCCGGAAAAGACCUCGACGGCGGCGGCGGAGCCGGGUUCGGGAGCGGGUGUACGACGGCGCGCCGGCGGUGGGAAGGCCCCGCACCCCUCGAAGGUUCGUCGAUGUGUACGCAGGGCACGCCGGGUACGGCGGCGGUGGCGGCGGUGGCGGCGGUGGUGGCAGAGUCUUCUUCCGUGACGACGGCGGACGAUUCGUGGAUUCGCGAGCGCGGCAGCAAGGGCAAGGGUAGAGGAGACUGGGGGGGGUGUUCCACAUCGUCCGGGUUCGGAGCGACGGCAGAGGAUGCUCAGCAGGACGUGAGCGGUGGGGAGGGGAACUCGAGCGGGAUGAUGACGACACUGGGCCUGAGCGGGCUGAGCGGCCUGGCGGAUACCUCUGGCGCGUUCGAAGCCUCGACGUCGUUUGUCAAGUCCCGGCCUAUCCCUGAUCAGUCGGCCUUCACCUCGUCAAGGUUUACCAAGGUCGGCGCGCAGUCUCCCCUUGUGGGCAGCAGCGGCGGCGGCCCGGCUGCUCCCGUGUGCCUGACGCCGCGGAAGUCGAUGAUGCGGUGCCCCCCUACGCCGCAGCGCACGCCCACGUGGGAGAGCGAGGACAGCUUGCUGCUGGAGGGGGCCGGGAGCGGCGGCGGUCGCGCUCCUCGCGGUGGGGGCAUCUCGGCGGGGGGGCUGUUAAGCAGCAGCCGGAGCUGCCUCCUCCAGAGCAAGCUCCUCGCGAGCAGCAGCAGCGAUGACUGCAUCGUCGACGCCGCGGCAGGCGGCAGCGGCACCGGCGUGGCGGCGAUUGACGUUGUCUUUGCGAACGCCUCUUCCUCCUCCUCCUCCUCCCCCGGAGGCGCCGCCGCGCGAAGGAGCUCUCCUCGUUUGGAGGCGGCAGCCGCCGCGGCUGCUGACGGCGGCGGCCCCGCGGCAGCGGCGGCGAGCGGGAGCGGCCGUCGGCACGACGGCAGCAGCAGCAGCAGCAGCAGCAACAGCAGCUUCGGAGGAGCGAGCGCGAGAGGAGGGCGGGGCUGCGGCGGGCGAGAGCGGCUAAGCGCCGGCGGGACGAACACCGGUGGCCGCGGCGGCGGCAGCCGUGUCUCUAGCGAUGCCGAACCGGCGCCGGCCGUUGUCGCCACAGCCAGCAGUGGAGGCGGCGGGGUGGUGGUGGGAGCCGGCGCCUCGACAGCCGCCGCCACGGACAGCACCCUGGGCUUCAAGCACGACUUCGUGCAGAUGGGGCCGAUUGGGGAGGGAGGCUUCUCCGUGGUGUGGAAGGUGCGCGCUAAGGGCACCGGGCGGCUCUACGCUAUUAAACGGAGCAAGAGAGAGUUCCGGGGCAAGCGCGACCGGGACCGAUGCCUGCUCGAGGCGAAGGCGCUGCAGCGCCUCGGGCAGCACCCCGGAGUUAUCCGGUUCGAGCGGGCGUGGCAGGAGGAGGGGCACUUCUGUCUGCAGACGGAGCUUUGCGAGCUCGGAACCCUUAAGGACUUUCUCGAGAGGCUUCCUUCUCGGCGCGAGAUCCCUGAGUCGGCGGUGUGGCAGGUCUUGCAGGACAUCGGGCAGGCGCUGAGUCACGUGCACGCGAUGGGCCUGGUGCACCUGGACGUGAAGCCGUCAAACCUCUUGAUCGGCGAUGAAGGGGGACGCUUGAAGCUGGCGGACUUCGGCAUGGCCACGGCGUACGGCGAGGGGAUGGAAGGAAUCGGCGACGGUCAGGAGGGGGACACGCUGUACAUGGCCAAGGAGCUGCUCUCUUCCACGGCGCGACUCCCCUCGGCGGACAUGUUCAGCCUCGGCUUGACCGUGUACGAAGUGGCGACGAGAAUAGAGCUGCCGGGGGACGGCGAGGACUGGCACGCCAUGAGGGACGGGAGGGCUGUCGGUCUUCCUUCUUCGAGGUCGAGGGACCUGGGGGACGUCUUGCGCCAGUUGAUGCACCCCGACCCGCGGCAGAGGCCUACGGCAGACGCGCUGUGCGAACACCCUCGCGUUGCCAACGUCACCGACGGCGGCGCCAGCGGCACAGACAAGAAAACCGCCGGAGGGAAACCCGUUGCGCCGGGGACGGGAGCGGCGGCGGCGGCGANGGGGCGGCCUAAAGGAAUAUAGCUUGGCUAGAGCGGUACGAAGCGCGCGUUGUAUCUUGGGGGGGGGGUGAGGGGGGAGUGAGGGGAACCACAUGGUUUCGUCGGCAGGGGUGCAAGAGGUAGAGAACGUUUGGUUGGUGUUUUGCGAACGUAGGUGCGGUUGACUGGCCGCGCGCUUGCCGCAAAGAAAGGUGUGUAAUCAAUUGUGGGGUGGUUGGUUAUAAAUGCAAAUGUAUGAGUUAUUCCGUGUGCUGGGUGGAGAACCGUUGCUGGCGGUUGGGGGGCGGGUUGGGGACCAGGGAAAAGAGAAAGAGUGACACGGGGUUCGAUUGAGAGGUAGGUGCGGAAGACGAGCGACUCGCCACGUUCUGGGAUGGUUUGGGGGGAGGUCUGCACGGCGCUUAUUUUUUUUCUUGUUGUGGAGCGGGCCGGAAGAGGAAAAGAGGUUUGAUGCCGCAGUGCCGCGGCAGUUGGAGGGUUAGUAUUUGUGUCUUCGUUUUUAUUCUCCCAUCCCCUCCCCCCCUCCCCCCCCAUCACCACUCGCGGCACCCGACCUUAUCCCCACGGACAAAUAGUCAAUUCAUGGAGCACAACUGCAUCUCAAGUUUGUUCGAUGACUCCCCGUAUUUUUCUGUACGCAUUUGUAGGGCAAGAUUCUUGCUGUCCUCAUAUUAAUCCUUUUUUUUUUUUUCUUAGUUGGGUAUGCUUCUCGUCCGCCACAGAUGCUGUGGUGAAGCUACACGAAGUGUUAUUGGUUGUAACGUGUGUGUAUAGAUAGGCCAAUCACCGUCGUUUCGGCCAGAGGCAAGCGCGGAUAUUUUUUUCUUGAACGUGUGGUGGUCUGUGCCUUCAUGCUCUGUGGCUGAUGUUGCUGCCCUUGUUUCACGCCCGCGGGCUGUGCAAGGCUUGGCUACGCUCUGGGGGCGAGACCGUGUGGGGCCGUGCGUGGUGCGCGUGCCCCACGUUUUGAUAGAUGCGUCCCGCCUGUGAUUGCGCCGCACGAUUUUUUGACCAAUCAGGAAACAACUGCGUGCCACCUGUGGCCACUCUCGUUCAGCCAGCACGGCGGGUGACGCCUACAUAGAAUAAAAGCUUAAUCGUCGAGUGAAGUGGAACGAACGUCGCCAGUUCCGUGUUUUUGUCACGCGACGUUUCGUCUUUUUGUUUGUUGUGCUUGGG